UGGAGGGACCAGUCAUUUCAGGACUACUCUCUCUCUCUCUCUCACACACACACACACACACACACACACACACACACACACACUCUGCUGUGGCGGAACCCGCUCCUGUCGCUCUGUGACUCUCUCUCUGUUCGCCAGGUCAUUCUGAGAAAGGAAACGGCUGACGGACUUGACGUGAAAAAAUCCCCAGGAUCCCGACUGACCUCAGAUUUGAAAGGGUCAAAGGUCAUGACCUUAAUUUGAUCCUAUAUCCUUCCCUCGUGACCUCAUGUUCCACACUUUCCCCAACAAAUCGCGAACGCAGACGUCGGUCGGCAUGGAGAAGACGUACUCCCUGACCGCGCAUUACGACGACUUCCAGGAGAUCAAGUACGGCAGCCGCUACGGGAGCAACACGCUGAGCAACGGCAUGAGUCUGCACCUGGGGGGAUCCCUAGAUCGCGGGAGCCGAGGGCGGAGUGGGCGGGGCCAGUGUGUGGUGGGCGGGGCCACUCCUGGGGGCAGGGCUCCGGCCCGGUGGAGCCGGCGGGAAAUCUGCCUUCUCUCGGCGCUGGUGUUCGCGGCGGGAAUGUGCGUGAUUCUCGGAUGCAUGCUAGCGCUGAAGUUCCUGUCGCUGGAAGCGCAGGAUUCGCAGUGCAGGCAGGAUUGCGUUAAACGGCGUUCGCUGAUCCGGGCCGCGCGAUUCGUCCAGGGAAACAUCGACCCGAGCGUCCAGCCCUGUCACGACUUCUACAGCUUCGCCUGCGGAGGAUGGCUCCGCCGACACGGGAUUCCCGACGACAAACUGAGCUACGGGAUCAUCACCGCCAUUGGGGAACUGAACCAGGAGAAGCUGCAGCGCCUCCUACAGGUGCCGGUCCAGAGGAACGAGCCGGACAGUGCCGAGAGGAAGGUGAAAGAAUUCUACCGCUCGUGUAUCAACAUGAAGGAGAUCGACCGUCUGGGGGCGGGGCCUAUGACUGAGGUGAUUGACAGCUGUGGUGGGUGGGACCUGUCUGGAGCUCCGCCUAGAGGGGCAGGGUGGGACAGUAGCUCCGCCCCCGUGAGCCCGGAUUUUAAUGAGAUGCUGUACAAGACUCAGGGAUUAUACAGCACAUCCGUGUUCUUCUCGCUCACCGUCAGCGUAGACGAUAAAAACUCGUCACGCAACGCCAUACGGAUUGAUCAGGAGGGUUUGACUCUGCCGGAACGAACUCUGUACUUCGGCCUGGAUGAAGACAGUGUGAAGAUCCUGGCGUCCUAUAAGGCGCUGAUGGAGCGACUGCUGAGCAUGCUGGGAGCUCAGAACGCCACGCUGAAGGCUCGAGAGAUCCUGGACCUGGAGAUCAAACUGGCAAACAUCACAGUGUCUGAAUACGAGGAGCAAAGGAAAGACAUCAGCAGCAUGUACAACCGCAUGACUCUGAACCAGCUGCAGAAACUGGCUCCCAGCUUCCACUGGAAACGUCUUCUGGACCGAAUCUUCAACGAGAACUUCUCCGAGGACGAGGAGAUCGUGGUUUUGGCCACUGACUACAUUCAGACGGUGUCGGACAUCAUUAAAACCACGUCCAAACGGGUCCUUCAUAACUACAUGCUGUGGCGUAUGGUGGCGGCUCUGAGCGAGCAUCUGUCCACGGCGUUCCGCAGCUCCAUCCACGAGUUCUCCCGCGAGAUCGACGGCACCGAGACUCAGCUGGACCUGCAGCGCCUGUGCCUCAAUCAGGCCAACAAACACUUCGGCAUGGCUCUCGGGGCGCUCUUCGUCCAGCAGCACUUCUCCUCCAGCAGCAGAGCCAAGGUGCAGGAUCUGGUGGAGGACAUCAAGCACUCGUUGGACGUGAGACUGCAGGAGCUCGACUGGAUGGAUGACCAGACUAAAGACGCUGCGAGAGCAAAGCUUCAGCACAUGAUGGUCAUGACCGGCUAUCCUGAUUUCCUGAUGAAACCGGAACUAAUUGACGAGGAAUAUGCGUUCGACGUGAAGGAGAAGACGUACUUCAAGAACAUCCUGAACAGCAUCAGGUACAACAUCAAGCUCUCCGUCAAGAAGAUCCACAGACAAGUGGACAAGACCACGUGGCUUCUUCCACCACAGGCUUUAAAUGCGUAUUAUCUGCCAAACAAAAACCAGAUGGUGUUUCCCGCAGGAAUCCUCCAGCCGACUCUCUAUGAUCCCGAAUUCCCUCAGUCACUGAACUACGGAGGAAUCGGUGCGAUCAUCGGACACGAGCUCACACACGGAUACGACGACUGGGGUGGGCAGUACGAUCGCUAUGGCAACCUGAAGCAGUGGUGGACCGAAGACUCGUACAGGAAGUUCCAGAAGAAGACGGAGUGUAUCGUCAAACUCUACGACAACUUCACUGUGUACAACCAGAGGGUGAACGGGCGUCUGACGCUGGGUGAGAACAUCGCUGAUCUGGGCGGACUGAAGUUGUCGUAUUACGCGUAUCAGAAGUGGGUUCGUGAGCACGGCCCUGAGCGUCCUCUUCCCGGACUCAAAUACACACACGAGCAGCUGUUCUUCAUCGCGUUUGCUCAGAACUGGUGUAUGAAGAGACGAUCACAGUCGAUUUACCUGCAGCUGCUGACGGAUAAACACGCACCUGAACACUACAGGGUGAUCGGCAGCGCGUCUCAGUUCGAGGAGUUCGGCCGAGUGUUUCACUGUCCCAGAGGAUCCCCCAUGAACCCCGUCAACAAGUGUGCCGUCUGGUGACCUUUGACCCCUCGUGACCCCGCGACCUUGCGCUGCUCGACAUCACCAUCCGAUCACGACGCCGUUCGAUGUUUACAGCAUUCCAUCGGGAAUCCCCCUCAUGUGCCAUAACUCCUUUCAAAUGUUUAUUUUUAUAUUCUGAUGCGGAGUGUGUUCUUCAUGUUUGUACGGGCUGUUUUUGCGUUCUGUGUGUGUGUGUGUGUGUGUGAGGACAGAGGCGGCGCUGUAUCGUAUAGGCAUGUUGAUGUUUGAUAUGACGUGUUUUGUCGGAGGAGUUUAAGGAGAAAAAGAUGUUGGAUUAUUCAAAUGGUAUUGUCAAUGUUCUUGAGCUGCAUUAUGGACCCUCACCAGAGUGCAUUGUGGGAUAUCUCCACUUCAUCUUCACACCUACACAAGAGUGCAUUGUGGGAUAUCUCCAGACUGGUUUUAGAGAGCUGGUGUUCCUGAUGUGGUGUUCCUGUGGCUGUGAUGGACGAGGUUCUCCUUAUUUCUCCCAGAUCAGGUCUGGACUUCGAAAUAACCCCAUCAGUCGAAUCCAGAUG